UUCUCAAGGUUCGAACAAGUCGGAGCAACAGUGCCAUAACAGCGCGACGUCUGCUGCGGACGGAAAAUGGAGCAAGUUGGGCGCUACCUCGCAUGCGUCAUUUUGGCGCUGGCUGCAGGUAGCUUCUGCGAUGCUUCCCCGAGAGACUUCUAUCCACACCUGUGCAGUGGCUUCUUCUUUGGCCCGACAUUAGAGUCCCCAUGCGGUUACUUCUGUUACACGUAUGAGGGCUCGUUCCAAGGCACGUUACCAGAUGGCGCACGUUGCCCGCUUCGAACGUUCCCCCCUCGUUCAGGACGAUGCAUCAGGGGAGUAUGCAUCGCCGUUUCCCGCCCGAAACCACGAGAGUGCGAUGGCAUUUAUCGAGGGUCUGGAUACGCGCCUACGUGUACUUAUGACUGUACUGGCCCAUACGGAAGACCCAUCUUAAGGCCAUACCGUGACGGAACACCCUGUCUUAACAUAAAUAGACGAGGAAAUCCUGUUGGCGCUGCAGGUGUCUGCAAGGCUGGGCAAUGCAUUGAGCACGAUGACUUGGAGGUGAGAAGCCCUUGGGUUAGAGAGACGGUUUUUGGAUCCAAGUACCACCGAUGUCUCGCCAAGAAACAGCUCACGAAGAAUUAUCUCUGGGAUUGCCACCACUACUGCAAGAGGAACAGCGAAUGGUACUACGGCGUAUACGAAGACAGCAGCAGAUGCCAGCACCCGGACCAGCGUAUACCCGGCUGGUGCUGCCAUGGACGCUGCCGUUCCUCGGAUUGCCAGCGAAAAGAAUAAAGGCAUUUUCCUUUUUGCCGCAGCCCGGGCGGCCAUUUUGAAUAA